GUUGUAGUGUAAUAAAUAGUCAGAAUGCUCACAGAGCUGCUCGGAAAGGGUUAUUAUACUACAAAUAGCUUUCGGCUCUAAUCGGAAGUAUUCGUCCAUCUGCCACCAUUUUGUACUAAUUCCUAGACUUCCGGGUUUCACAGAUCUUGGGUUCGCAGCUGAAGCCCGAAACCUGUGGCUUUCCUAAUCUCACUUUCUCUGGACUACAAGUUUAAAGAGCAGGAGAUAUUAGUAUGCUUAUGUUUUGUUCGUGUUUAAUCCUGUAGUUUUCCUGAUCUAUAUCAUGAAGCUCCGACUCUUCGCUUGGUUGACGUUAGAUAUUUAGUUUUUUAGGUUUGUUUUGUUUUCUAACAUCUCAGAGUGUUUGUAAUAAUAACCGGAUCACAAACCCGGUUCUUUUCAAUGCUGUUGGAGACACGAAUCUCUGAGUAGCCGCAGAGCUUUUGUGAGCAGAAAUACAGUUGCUAAGACUGAGGUGAUCAUCAGUCUUGGAGAAACAACAAUAUGCCUAUUCCUCCACCACCACCACCGGGACCUCCACCUCCCCCUACCUUCAGCCAGGCAAAUUCUACCCCUCCCAAGAUAUCAGCCAACGAAGCUAAAGGAAGAGGAGCCUUAUUGUCAGACAUAUGCAAAGGGACCAGGCUGAAAAGAGUCACAAAUGUCAAUGACAGAAGUGCACCAGCUCUUGAUAAACCUGCAGGGGGUGGAGGAGGAAGUGGAGGUGGAGGAGGAGGUGGAGGGGGCUUUGGUGGCAGUUCUGGACCAAUGCCAAUGGGAGGCCUGUUUAGCGGAGGAGUGCCUAAACUUCGUCCAGUGGGAGAUGGCACUGUUGGCAGAGCGGCACUGCGGCCUCCAGGUUCACGACCUGCUGCACCACGUCCUACGAGCCAGCUUCCCAACGAAGAACGCACCUCACCCAUUUUGCCACCUAAGAAUCCUCGCCCUUCGCUACCUGACAUUUCGAAACCGAGCAGCGGUGGAAGUACUCCAAAACCCAACAACUCCGCUCCUCCUCCCCCUCCGCCUUUUAAUCGACGUGGCAAUAACCCACCUCCCACCCCCAGUCAGAGCUCAGGCCGCUCUUAUGGGGUAGAGAAGCCCAGCCCACCACAAAGUAUGAACAGAGCCCCUCCUCCUCCAUCACCUGCACGUGAUGUCCUGUCAAGACCUACUUCUCGCUCUUCGCCUGUGCUUUCUUCAGCUCUACCACCUCCUCCUCCAUACCGACAGCCUCCUCCAGUGGCUAACGGGGAUCCACCCCCUGAGCUGCCACAGAGGCGGAACUCGCUAAACAGGAGGUCUAAUCCGAAUGCUCGUAGUCAAGCUCCACCCCCACCACCCCCACCCCAACAAAGCAGUCGACCACCACCACCAGCUCGAGACCCUCCAGGACGCAGACCAGCCUCCCAGGGUCCCACCUCUGCAUCUCGGAAUGGGACUCGUGACGCCCCCCCUCCUCCUCCACCAGCCCGCGUGCAAAGUGGUACCUCUCAUAAUUCUUAUGAAAGCCGAGGGAGGCCCCCACCACCCUUAUCUUCCAGUCGCCAACCCACAUCACAUCCCCCUCCACCUCCACCUGUGCGCAACGGACACACGUCUGUCUCUAGGACUUUCACUGAUGAGUUUGAGUCUAGGUACUCUUUCCAUCCUGUUGAGGAUCUGCCUCCCCCAGACGAGUACAGACAAUUCACAAGGAUCUAUCCCAGUAAAAACAAUAAAGCUAUGACACGAGGAGCUCCCCCUGCGCCACCUGUUGGGAGAUGAUCUACACAAAGAGAAAAUGGCUAAACCUUUUGAAUCUAAUUAAACAAAAACACACACACACUAUCACAGCUGUAUGCAAAAGUGAGCAGAAGCUGUCCAAUGCAAAAUAAAACCUUACCCAACUACCUGGAAUAUUCUCAGGCGAAAAUAAUUAGGCCGACAGUUUACGAAAUUUAUAUAUAAAGAUAGAAAGAGAGAGAAAAAGAGAUACCAGAGAAGGUGACUAAACUUUUGCACAUUUUGUUUAAUUCAGAUAGUAACUAUGCAUUCCGACACAGAGACUUUUUCCAUGCAUCAAAGAUUAAAUGAAUGUUUAAUGCACACUACACUUGCCUAAACUGUUCCAGCCUGAUGUACCUCUAGACCAGAGAACAUUGUGCAGUGUCGUCGUCCUGAUCAAUUCAUUUAUACGAUCUGACUUCAGAGUGUUAAGAGGACCCAAGCUAUAUAAGCUAUAUAUACAUACACAUUCCACAUUAUCCAGUAACAGACACCAGAGUACCAUUUUUGUAGCACUUCUAAAUCAUGAUUAAUGCUAGAGUGAAUGGAGAGAUUACAUAAAGGAAUCAGUAGACAAUCAUUGCAUUAUGAUAUGUAAGGAUUGACUUUUUUUUGUCAUUGAAUUAAAAAAAAAAAAAGAAAGAAUUGCUCUAUCGCAGCCUGUUUUGCCCAUAAGGGACCCACUGUGUCAUUAUCAGAUGCGAUUUUAUAACUGUUAUUAAAAAAAUCAUGUUGAAUAUCUGGCAAACAUGAUUGCGCUAUACAAUUGUUAACUGUGUAAAGAGUUUAAACUUCUCUUUAUAAUGUAUUAACAUGUUUAAAUAUUUGAGCAACUUUUCAGCUGAUGUGGGUUGCCAGAAACAGUGCAAAUGCAUUAUUUGUCUGUGAAAAGGGAUUUUUGUUCUUAACCACUUCUUUAGAACUGACCAAAUACACUAAGUGCCACUCAGCCCACAGUAUUUACAGUAGGUUCUGUCAAGUCUGUGUGAAGAACCUGCUUGUACAUGCGUGGUGCAAACCGUGCUGCUGAAAAUACAACAGUUUUCUCCGUUUGUUAUCUUGAAUUACUAUGAAUAUGUUUCCAUUCAAUCUGUCACUAAUAUACUGGUACCAAUUUUUUUUUUUUUUUUAAAUAAACAUUCAAUUCAAAUGGUUAUAGAAAACUCUAAAUGCAAUGUAUAAUAUACUAUAUGUAGCUAGAUAUUUUUUAUUGUACAAAUGUGUAAUAUAGGGAAUUAAACAUAGCCUAUAAAUAAACAUAUGCCAUUAAAAGAUUAUUAAUUACUAAGAGGUAAGCCUGGUUUCUGACCAGGUUCCUUUUUUUGAUCAUUGAAUCUUGAAUUGAUCAUUGAAAUCAUCUGGGAUCAUUCGGUCAUUUGAUUUUCGAUCAUUUGAUCUUUACGUUGACAUGUAGCCAGAGAGCAUCUGUGAUAUAUUUCUGUUCUUCUUGGCUAAUUGUAGUUUUUAAACAAAACCAUUUGUUUAAUCAGUUACCAAUGACCUGCCAAAUGUUGAUGCUGAAACUGUUAGGGUAUUUGUGUAUGACUGACUUGUUAAAUUUUAAAUAAAAUCGGUUAUGGGGA